UAUAGAGAACUCCAGAAUAUUUCAGAAUUCUCAAGAGAAAACUGAGCAACUAGGAUUUUCUAGAUAAGACACGAUCAUUCCCACACCUGAGUUAAAUACCCUCGUCUUUCCAAAGAGUGUCAUGCAAAAUUUCUGAACUAGCAAUCACAUUCCAAUCGCAACUUGCAAAGAAGAGAAGAUGUCGCUCAUUCCAAGUUUCUUUGGUAACCGAAGGAGUAAUGUUUUUGAUCCUUUCUCACUCGAAGUCUGGGACCCCUUCAAGGAUUUCCCAUUCGGCAAUUCUGUUUCUGCUUCUUUCCCUCAACUUUCUCGGGAAAAUUCUGCGUUUGUGAGCACCCGAGUGGAUUGGAAGGAGACCCCAGAAGCACAUGUGUUCAGGGCUGAUCUUCCAGGGUUGAAGAAGGAGGAAGUGAAGGUAGAGAUUGAAGAUGACAGAGUUCUUCAGAUUAGCGGAGAGAGGAAUGUUGAGAAGGAAGACAAGAAUGAUACAUGGCAUCGCGUGGAGCGUAGCAGUGGGAAAUUCCAGAGGAGGUUCAGAUUGCCUGAGAAUGCUAAAAUGGAUCAAGUUAAGGCUUCCAUGGAGAAUGGGGUUCUCACUGUUACUGUCCCCAAGGAAGAGAUCAAGAAGCCUGAAGUUAAGUCCAUUGAAAUCUCUGGUUGAACAAAAUGAACUAUAUGUUACUCUGUUUUUGGGUAUCCUGUUUUGGUCUACUCUGUUAUGUUGUUGCUUUGUUGGUUUGUAUCGUAUGUCUUUUUGGUUGUAAAACUCAUGUGAUGUGUGUGUAAGAACUAAGAAGGAUAUUGUGUAAUAUGAAUUGUCUGUUUAAGUAAAAUUGUUUGUUCUUGAUGAGAAA